ACACAUGACGGCUGCUAUGACUGCACCGCUGCCAAGCGUACACAGCGCAUGUACAUUUCCCAUCUAAUCGGUGACAGACUAAACAAGUACAUCCUGACUUCUCUCUAUCCACCGUACACCAGCUCGUAGUUUGCUUUGACAUCGUCAGGGCUGUCCUGGUACGCUUUUCUUCGAUUCAAAGUCCGUUAGUGACGUAAGAGAUGACGUCAGACCAACCACAACCAGCGGCAUAUGUCUAUGGCAUGCCCGUGAACAACCGAUCAUCUUAUCUGAUCAACAUUAAGCAAACAGCAAUCCUGCAACUGAUAGCCGGAUGUCUUCUUGUUGUCUUCGGAAUAGUAGCUAUCAUCCUCAUGGCCCGUUGGUCCUUUUUUGCUACGGCUAUCUGGAGUGGAAUACUGAUUUAUGGGCUGAAUGGAGUCAUCGGAAUAUCUGCAGCUUCCAACGGCAGCAAGUGUUUGGUAUGGUACUACAUGGUUUCCUCGAUACUCGGCUCUCUGAUGGGGUUAGUUCUGUUUGUAAUGCACAUCUUGGCCGCCAUUUUGGAAGGAUAUAGCUUUUGGCACGAUUGGGAGUGCCAGCCUGGGAAUUCCGGGUCCUGGAACCCAAACUGUGGCAAAUCAUUGGCCGCAAGAGCAACAUUUGACGCUCUGAUCGGCAUCACCGGUUUCUUCCUCUUUAUACUCUGCAUCGUUUCGGCUUCUUUCGGAUGCUACGCCUUGUGCCGAAGAUGCGAACCAUGCUGCACGAUUCGUUGCUGCAAUGGUGGCGGCUGUAGCGAUUGUUGCAGGAAUCCGCCGCCACCGGUCACGGCUGUCUUCCAACCCCAAGGGAAUGCUGUUACUACUACACCUGGUCAACAACAAGCUGGAAUGUAUAUCGUACAGCAGGGACCGCCUCCCGCCAUACAGUAUCCAAACGUUGUUCUGCAACCACCUAACUCCACCAAUAACGGACAAGGAUUCUAUGUGGUACCGCCUCCAACCUCCGGAGCUCCGCCCCCAACCCAUCCAAUGCCCAAUCAGAUGGAUCCUCGGCAACCUUACCCCGAUGGUCCUCCCACCUACGCCUACAGCCAGCAGAUCACCCCUUUUGUUGACCUGGCGUGACCUUUGACCUCGGUAUUGCGAUAUGAAGACUGUGUCACAUAAUUUGCUUUACAUUGGGUAUUUAUUAUAGAGACAUGUUCUAUGGAAUAGUAAAAACAAAAAAAGAAAACGCUUUUUUGGAUACAAAAAAAAGCUCGGCUGCUUCAUUCGCUCGUCUAUAAUAUCUCUCACAUCUUAUUCUUGCCCACAACAUGCUUUCUGUGUUCUUCUGUUUUGCCUGAAAUGAACUUUCACCUUGAUUUUGAAACCAGUGGGGGUGUUUUAUGAAGUCAAUAGCCAGUGAGUAUUACUGACAGAUGUUUCCCGAGCCAAUCAGAUGCAAGGAUUUCGAUAGCUUAUAACAAUUGUCAGUGAAAAUCAUUGAAUGAUUAUUUGAUGGAAAACUCCCCCACAUUUUCUGUCACAUGAUGUGUGACACUAAAUUGCCCAGUAGGGUAUUGUAUUUCCAGAGUAAUGUUUAUCAUGGUAUCAUCUGUAAAAGUUUGAUCAUAGCAGAGACUCCCAUGAACAUAGUUCAAUUUUUGAUGUCGACAACGCUGCGGCGGCUUUUGCCGACGAAAAAGCGACGCCUGUGUGUCUCGCCUCUGUUACGGCCGCAAAACAUUUUGUUGAUGCCAGUGUUUUAAGUGUGUUUAAUUCAUUUGAAAUAAUUUUCAAUAAGAUUAAUUGUAAAGGAUUUGUAAGUGGUGGUCCAUGUAUAGUUUGAGAGAGAUCAUAGAGUUAGAUAUACUCAGAUACUAAUAAGAAUAGAUGAAGGACUGAAAUGUUUUUUAUUGAUUUAUAAUUUCUUACUACAUUUACUGCAUUUUCGUUUCAUUGAUUCAUUGCUUUAAUGAAAGUAUAGUUUUUGAAAGAGCUUUGUAUGAUUGAAAAUUAUAUAGUUCUGUAUGAACUCUGUUGUGAUUUUGAUUUAAGAAAUCAAGAAAUGAACAGCACUAUUAAAUGGCAAUCAAUGCAUCACUUUGCUAAAUAUCGAAUCUAAAAUGGCUACAUUUUCACGUAUUGCUCCGAUUGAGAAAAAAAAUGACUAGUUGUCAAUUUUAAUCUGCCUUAUUAUUAAAUAAAAAAGCGUGUGACAC